AUAAGCUUCAUUGAUCAAAGUUUCAGCCGAAACUCUUGUCGAACUGGGAACUCGGAGUCAUGAUGAAAGGAUCGGCCACGCUCUGGCAGUCAGAUCUCUUUUAUUGUAUGAAAACUGUCUAUUGAUCUCAGAUACCAGCACAAAAACACUUCUUGUGGAGUAUAUUUUUGUAUCAAGAGAGGCCUGUACAGUGUACAGUCUGCUAGUUGAGGAUAUGCUUGAUGGAUACUUGUUGUAAGCUGAUAUGCUUUAACUGUUAUUCAAAUUCAACUGUUUAUUGUGCAUGCAGAAACAUAUUUGAAGCUAGCUUAUAAACUAAGUUUAAAAACAAGUUUCAAAGAAUGUCUGUGCGGAACUGGAAUUGUGGAACAGAACCCAGGGACUGAAAAGUUGGAAGUUGGAUACCGAGAUAGUUUUCAAGAUGGCUCAUUUGUCAUGAUUUGACUCGCAUUGUUGAAACUUUAUGAUUCAUACUGGAUUGCAUGUGCACCUAUCAUUUCAUGCACAGUGGAUUAGUGACUUAUGAUUAUGGAGGCAAUGAUACUACAGUUAUGCUGUUCAUAAACUUUGGAAAAUCUUCAGAUCACUAAUGAGCAUGUCUUCCAGUAACUAGGAUAACGAGUACAAACAGAAGUAGAGUCACUUCAGGAAAUAAUUCUUCACUUGAUGUACUUUUUUUCUCAACAGUCAUACAGUGUAUGACUGCAACUUUCAGUACUCAUUGAUGAAGAACUGAAAAUAGUACAAAAGAAGAAUCAAAAACAAUAUUUUUUUUGUCAUUCAGAAGUGAUUUCAUUAAGACAACAUUAUGCCUGUGGAGGUGGUACAAACCAUUGAUGGUUUUAUGGCCUGUGAAGAUAAGCUGGGUAUGGAGGCCAUACCAGGGACUGCCAAGCUGGUGAAGGACAGUCAGAACCUUGUUGGUAUCAGUAUCGGUGGAGGGGCGCCACUUUGCCCCUGUCUGUACAUCGUACAGGUGUUUGACAACACCCCUGCUGCCAAGAGUAAACUCCUCAACGCUGGAGAUGAGAUUGUUGGGGUUAAUAAGAAGUCUGUCAAGGGAAGGACCAAAGUGGAAGUGGCCAGGAUGAUUCAAGCUCUCAAGAGUGAGGUAAUAAUCAGCUAUAACAGCCUCAAAGCAGACACGAAGGAAGGCAAAGGAUUGGACAUUGCUCUCAAGAAGGCCAAGCAUCGUAUGGUUGAGAAUCUAAGCUCCUCCACUGCGGAUGCUCUGGGUCUCAGUAGAGCCAUCCUAUGUAAUGAUGUUUUGAUUAAGAGACUGGAUGAGCUGAAUAAGACAUCACGCCUUUACAAGGGACUCAUGGACCACACCAAGAAGCUACUCAAGAUCUUCUAUGAAAUGUCUAGUACUCAUAGAGCGUUUGGUGAUAUCUUUUGCUUGAUUGGUGCAAGAGAGAUUCAACCCAAGGCUAGUGAUGCCUUCACUAAGUUUGGAGAUGCUCAUCGGAACAUGGAGAAGUUUGGAAUCAGAUUGCUCCGCACUGUCAAACCAAUGCUAUCGGACCUGGGUACCUUCUUGACAAAAGCCAUUCCAGACACCAAGCUCACCAUCAAGAAAUACGCAGAUACCAAGUUUGAAUACCUGUCAUACUGCUUGAAAGUGAAGGAGAUGGAUGAUGAGGAAUAUGCGUAUGCUACAUUAGGAGAACCUCUCUACAGAGUGGAGACAGGCAACUAUGAGUAUAGAUUGAUCUUACGAUGUCGUCAAGAAGCAAGGGCUAGGUUUGCCAAAUUAAGAUCAGAUGUAAUGGUCAAAAUGGAACUACUGGAUCAAAAGCAUGUUCAAGACAUCGUAUUCCAGCUGCAUCGUCUUGUGUCUGCCAUGACCCAGUACCUCCAGGAUUGCCACCAGCAGAUGAAGAACACAGACCUGUUCCCCAUCGAGGUCGAUCUUCUGAGAACAACCAUCAAUUACGACAGGUCGGAUCAGUUCAACGAUGGUUUUGAUGAUGAGGAGGAGGAGGAAGAGGAAGAAGAAGAGGAGGAGGAGGAGAAUAACAGGAGCGGAGGUGGGGGUAGCCUGAUGGAGGGGAAUCUUAUUGAUACUUCGUAGGAUGGAAUGGUUAUCAGGAUUCAUA